UAGCAUAUAUUCUUGUUCUCUGUGCUUUAAACGUCACGUAGCUAUGGUAACAAAUUAUUACGAGAAAAAUAAUGUCGCACUACAUUAUGUGUCAACGUAUGUUAUACCAGCAGUGAUUUUGUGAUAAUAGUAUGUCAAUGCUGUCAGGAAUUAUAUCCGGAGGUGUAGAUAAUAACCAGAGUUCCUUUGUUCGAUGAGUAUUGGGAUUGAUAUUUCCGGCAAAUAACAUGUCUAUUGGAGUAAAGAUACGUUGAUAUGAUUGUAUAUGUUAUAUGUGACUGGAAACUGCGUCGUUACUGAAGUUGUCGUUUAAGAUGUUAAACAACAGUUGUUAACAUGGUGACUGGACGAGCAAAAGUCAUCUACAGAAAAAGUGUCACGCGGUCGUAGUUGCCAAGGCUGAGCCAUCUCUGUAUGUGAGAGCCGCCCCUCAGAACAGACGGCUCGAUGAGAAUGAAAAUGCAGGCCCGGAAGGAAAUAUCGAUGUUGCACGGUGACGCGAAGCCGGUCACGCGGAUAGACUUUGGGGACCACUACCCGGAAGGCGGCUGGGGAUGGACAGUGGUGGCCGCCGCCACCGUGGUCUACAUCCUGUGCAACGGCAUCCACUUCGCCUUCAGUUCGCUGCUUGUGAUCCUCGUGGACGGUACAUUCAACGUGCACGUAGACGUCGUGGAUGCGGUGUGGCUGGGAAGUAUUGGAAUGGGUGUGGCGUCGCUGCUGUCGCCUGUGGUGACCACUGUAUGCCGCCGGAAGUCCCCACGCCUGUACGCCGUCAUCGGCGGGCUUGUGGUAUCCCUAGGCUGCCUGUUCUUCUCAUUCGCCGAGGAGGUUUUCCAUCUGUUCAUCAGCUACUGCGUGGUCCUCGCUAUAGGAUCCGGCAUCACAGUGACUGCAGCGAACAUCAUGGUGGGCCGCUACUUCCGGACGCGGCGAGAGCUAGCGGAAAUGGUGAUGGUGUCGGGCACUGGCGCGGGCGCCGCCCUUCUAGCCUUCAUCAUGGACGAGCUCAUCAGGAAGUUACGUUGGGAGCAUGCAAUGCACGCGAUCGCGGGUGUGUCGGCGGUAACGAUGGUGGCUGGCGCAUUGUACCGGUCCGCGUCCCUCUACCACCCCCGCCGGAACGUGAUCAUGCACAUCAAGAACCAGAAGAAGUGCCGCCGGGAACGAGAUCAGGAAAAGCCUCCGUACUUCGACUUUGCUGCUUUACGCAUGCGGGCACUACAGGGCAUCAUGGUGACAGUUGCUGUGAUCGGGCUUGGAAUGCACGUGCCCUACAUUCUUCUGCUGCAGACGGCCAGACAGCGGGAAAUACCCGAGGACUCGUUGAUGCACCUGAACGUUUAUCUCGGGGCCGGCUAUGUGGUAGGCUGCUACGUGUUCGGAUAUCUCGUAAUCCGAAACAGCGCUGAGUGCUCAAUUAGUAGAAGACACCUCGCACAGUCGUGCGUCCUCGCGAGCGGCUUGUGUACACUGUUGUUCGUCAUGGCACGUGAUAUGCACGCGUUUUCGCUGUACGCGUGGCUGUACGGGAUCACUUCCGGUGGCUAUUACUACACAGUGAAGAUGUACACGUACGGAAUCCUCAAGGAGAGGAUCAUGGAACGGGGCUGGGGAUUCGUUAAUGCUGCUCAAAUAUUGUCUUUCCUACUUGGUCCGCCUCUUGCCAUUUAUCUCAACGAGUCCUACAGCAGCGAGAUUGCGUGUUACGUGUUCUCUGGGUGUGUGAUGGUGGUGGGCGGUCUCAUGUUCUACUGCAUGCCGCUGUUCGAGCGGCACCCCUCCAACCAGGAUAUCGUCCAACACUACCAGAGCGCCUGCUCCAAGAACACCACUGAGGCCGCCGCCCUGCUCGACCUGGACCUUACCAACGCCAUGGUGACCAAGCCUCUGAACAAUGUACAGUUUAUUGUGUCUCCUUCUAGGAUGAAACAUAACCAUGGUAAAGACACGAGCAAAAUACAAAUGCAGUGCUUUAUUCAGCAUAGAGACAAAGAGAAACCAAAACAAAUUGUGCUUUCACGGAUAACUGAGGAGAAGGAGGGCCUGCGGCUAGACUUUAAUGAGGUAUCCUACAUCAGCACCAACUCCAAGUCCUGCUCUGACGCCAGCGGCCGCCGAAAGUCCCUCUCGGACCGGGACCUGUGCUUCUCGAGCGGGGACAACAACGGGUCGGAGAUUCCGUCCGAGGGGGUCGCCUCCCACCAAACCGACCGCUCCAAGGGCAGCCAUGCGUCGCGUGCUGAGUGCAAGUUCCGGCGGAGCUCGGAUAAUGUGAAGCUUGAGUUCUUUGACCCACCCUCCCAGGAGAAAGAGUCCACCGCAACCGUCUCUUACGACAGCGACCUUUACAUUAACCUCUGUGAAGCUCAAGUAUAAUAUUUAACGGUCGCUUGUCACUCAGCAUUUGUUAUGAUUAUAUUAAACUAAAUUGUAUAUAUGGGUGUACAUACAUAUGGAUAAUCUGUGUCUUACAUGUGCAUAUCUUUUCUGAGAAAUGCGCAAGGACCAACGUGGAACGGACAACGCGUAGUUGCUGAUUCUGUUCACUGGAUAUACAGCUGUUGUGUUUUAUGCUCCAAUUUCAUACAUGAAUUAUUACUUUUAUUUUGAAUAUUAAGUGAUUGUGUUGAUACUGCCUUUCAUUAUAUCUCUAGAUAUAUUUUCAAAAAAGUUAAUCGGUACGUAUAUUUUAUAUGGCAAGGUAUCAUUCAGAAGAGUUACUACCACAUAAGCGAAUCCUUCAAAACAUUCUUAAAAAUAUAUAUUUCAGCUCUUGUAAAGAAAGUAGAGUCAAGUUGUCUUCGUAACGUUUUAAAGUGUACUCCGAUACGAAAAACAACCUAAAGAAGGAUAUAAAUAACGUAUGAUGUGUAAUUUUAUACACACGUGAUGUGUAAUUGCCAUGUUUAUAUGGGAUCCCAUAUUGCUUUGUUAAAGUGCUUUUGAGUAUGGCUUCACAAUAAUGUAUAAGCCUAAUGUUUCGCGGUCGACAUACGAUUUACUGUCGAGUACUUUACAGAUAUCACAAAUGUUCUACUUUUUGGUAGACAAAAACGAAGACAAGCUGUCACUGUGUUGAUGGUUAAAAUUCUUUAUUGCUUUUAAAUAAUUACUGUUUUGAUCUCAAACUGGAAUGAAGUACACUCAUAUUUAGUACAUUUAUUCAUGUGUUUAUGCCCCUGUUAUGUGGACAAUUUGAUUUUCCGCUGUAGUUUUACUGAUAGACAUCUGGGACAAAAUUCUCCCUUUUCUGGUGGACACCUGCGACAAAACACUUCUUCAUUGCCAUUACUGGACACCUGGGACGAAGCGAUGCCUCAUUGCCUCUUCUGAUAGACAGCUGGUAAAAAGUGCUGCGUCAUGGCCUCCUCAUGUGGGCAUCUUGGAGAAAAUGUUGCUCCUUUCCCUCUGCUGGCGGACACUUGGGUAAAAAAGAUGCGCCUUUCAAUCUGCUGGCGGACACCUGGGUCAAAAAGCUGCUUUUCCUCUGCUGGGGGACACUAGGGUCAAAAAGCUGCUUUUUCCUCUGCUGGGGGACAUUAGGGUCAACAAGCUGCUUUUUCCUCUGCUGGCAGACUUCUGGAUCAAAAAGGCACUCCUUUCCCUCUUGUGGCGGACACCUGGGUCAAAAAAGGUGCGUUUUUCAUUCUACUGGUGGACAUCUUGGUCAAAAAAGCUGCUCCCUUUCCUCUGCUGGUGGAUACCUGGUAAAAACAGAUGCUCCUUUCCCUCUGCUGGCAGACACCUAGGUAAAAAAGCUGUUCCAUUCCCUUUGCUGGUGAACACCUUGGUCAAAAAAGCUGCUCCUUUCCCUCUGCUGGCGGACACCUGGUAAACAAUGAUGCUCUUUUCCCUCUGCUGGCGGACACCUGUGUCAAAAAAGAUGCUCCUUUUCCUCUGCUGGCCGACACCUGGGUAAAAAAAAACUGUUCCAUUCCCUCUGCUGGCGGACACAUGGGUUAAAAAAGCUUAUUCUCUCCCUCUCAAAAAAGAAUGCGCCUUUCAUUCUGCUGGUGGACACCUGGGUCAAAAAAAGCUUAUUCUUUCCCUCUGCUGGCGGACACCUGGGUAAAAAAGCUACUCCUUUCCCUCUGCUGGCGGACACAUGAGACGAAAUGCUCCUUCAAAAACUGUACUGGCGGACACCUUGGUCAAAAAAGUUGCCCCAUCCCUUUAACUUCUGAGCGUUUUGCAUGUCGUUGGAAUUUUGCAUAUCACCCCUUUGUAGAAUUCCAAGAGAGUGAAAGCUUUUCUACGGAGAUAGUCUUUAUUCAAUGGAGCAUUCAGCGUCUGCUUGUCAAAAUGUAAAUGGCUGACACAGGGUUAUACUUUUAAAGCCCUUCACACAAAAUUAUGUUAGUAUCCAUGUACUAAAUUCGAUAUAAAAGGGUGCAACACCUGCUCAUUGCAAUAUUGAAUGAGCUGAAUGUUAAUGGAACCUAGAGAGAGUUUCAGUUACAAACAUUAUUUUUCAAGUAUGUUAAUAGAAAAAAUAACACACAAUCCUUCCUUUGUUAGAUGUAGCUGAAAUUAUGUUGAUAAUGUUUUAACGGACUUGUCUUGAAGACGGGUUACUUUUCAAUGAAUUAUGAAAUGCUGUUAAAUAAUGUCGUAACAUUUGUUCAUAUGACUACAAAAUUAAAGAAUACCUUUAUCUAGAA